AUGAAAUCUAACGACGAAAUAUACGCACUUCUCAUAACGCUUGUUCAAAGCCACGAAGACAUUAAACACGAACUCACGCAAAUAAAAAAUAAAGUAUCUAAUAUACAAACAACAGUGGAAAAACUAGAAACCAAGGUCACUCAGAUAGAAAAAGAGAAUCAUCAUCUCAAAACGCGAAUUGACUGGUUGGAGAAACGGGAUAAAAAAUACAGCGUUGUACUUUAUGGACUAGAAGGUCCUGAGAAAGAUACUCUGAGUUUGACAGUAUCAAAAAUCCAGAGCUUAGGAGUCGAUUUCCAAAAAUUCGAAAUUCGCGACGCCUACAGAAUAGGAGAGAAGAAAGACGGCAGAAACAGACCAGUCGUUGUAGAAUUAUUAGGGUUUCAGUUGAAAACAGAAAUCCUAAACCGUUCCAGAACAAGCGAUCAACUUAAAAAAGAGGGCAUCUAUAUAACCAGUGACUACACCAAACAAGAAUACCAAAAACGAAAAUUACUGCAUGGGAAAUUAAAGGAAAUCAGAAACACCGGAGCCACUGCUAAGAAAUCCAGAAGAGGAGUCGAGGUCAACGGGAUAGAAUACACAUUCGAAGAAUUCGAAAAAUUCAAUCUACAGUUGUUAAAGAAGAUUGAAAAUACUGGAGAAUUAAACAAAAUAGAAAACAAGAAGAGGAAGGACAGAGAAGAAGAAGGCCCUUUUACACAGAUAUCGAAAUCAACUCGGUCAUCAUCUAAGAAGACAACCUCAAAUUAG